CGGAACUCUUGCUCAAACUACUACUCACAAUGGUCAGAGAAACAAAAUACUACGAUCUUCUCGAGGUCCCGCCCACUGCCUCGGAAUCAGAUCUCAAAAAAGCCUACCGUAAAAAGGCUUUGAGAUUGCAUCCCGACAAAGGUGGCGACCCAGAGUUGUUCAAAGAAGUCACCCAUGCAUACGAGGUUCUAUCAGAUCCGGAUAAGCGCAGCGUAUACGAUGCACGAGGUGAAGCAGGAUUAUCUGAACAGGGUGGCUUGGGUGGCAUGGAUCCUCAAGAUUUGUUCAGUCAGCUCUUUGGAGGGGGUGGCGGAUUCUUCGGUGGCGGAGGUGGCCGUUCACAAGGGCCUCGGAAAACAAAAGAUCUCGUUCAUCGUGUACACGUCACCCUCGAGGACCUCUACAAAGGCAAAACAACAAAGCUCGCAUUGACACGCAACGUUAUCUGUACAAAAUGCAAAGGAAAGGGCGGGAAAGAGGGUGCUGUGCGACAAUGUCACGGUUGCAGCGGUCGUGGUACCAGGGUAACGCUGCGUCAGAUGGGCCCGAUGAUUCAACAGAUACAGUCACCUUGUGAUGAUUGCGGUGGGACCGGCGAAACUAUCAAUCUCAAAGAUCGGUGUACGACUUGCAAAGGGAAAAAGGUUCUCCCCGAUAAAAAGUUUUUGGAGGUUCACAUCGACAAGGGUAUGAAGGGUGGUCAAACUAUUCAAUUCAGAGGAGAAAGCGAUCAGUCCCCAACGGCGGAACCAGGGGAUGUUGUUAUCGUAAUCGAGGAGAAAAACCAUAGCCGUUUCCGCAGACAAGAAAACGAUUUGAUUAUAGAAGUCGAGGUGGACUUGUUGACGGCGCUCGCAGGCGGCCACUUUGCCAUCAGACACCUGGACGACCGGGCUUUGAUGGUAAAAAUCGAACCAGGGGAGGUUGUAAAGCAUGGCGAGGUCAAGGUGAUACAUGGGCAAGGCAUGCCUUCGCAACGGCAUCAUGAGCCUGGAGAUCUCUAUGUCAAACUCAACGUUAAAUUCCCCGACGUCAUCGAACCGUCUGCUAUUCCACUUCUCGAGCGGGCACUGCCACCACGGGCACCUGUGGAAAAGUUUGACAAGAACAUCAUUCUCGAGGAAGUUUCGAUGGACGAUGCUGAUACCAGGUCAAGAGCUGGCGUCCGUGACGAUGCGAUGGACGAAGAUCAUGAUGAACCACGGGUGCAAUGUGCCAACCAGUAAUGAGAGGACUUGAGACGUUGAGACGUUUAUAGAUUGUUAUGUGGCUACUCCGAUACACUUGUCAUUAAUACCUACACUCUUCCAGCAGACAUCUUCUAACAAUCCCAGCUAGUCUGAUGUUGCAUUAGAGGUGGAUAGUACACAAUCAAAGAACAUUUACUUC